AAUGUCAUCUCCAACAGUAUGCAGGAUGUCUACUCUGAUCAUUUUGGCUUGAUCGACUUCCACAGGUCACAGCAUGGCUCAGGCAUGAGUGGUCGCUCGCUGGUAAUCCUUUUUUGUUUUAGAAACAAUUUAUCUUUUCUCUAGUUGACCACGGUCUGGGGUGGAGUUUUUUUUUGUCCUUAUCAUCAAUGAUGUGAUGUGCCCUUCGGUCUUUCUUUGCACAUUAGUCAUGUCCAGUACGGUACUGGUGUUCAAUAUAAUAGAAUUCAUUACAUCUGGGGCCCAUCAAUACGUAAUUUCACACUAUUUUUUUUAACAACUCCCAUCAUCACAAACCUUUGACACCCUCUUCACACAACGGUCACAAAUUUUUUUUAUACCCCCCUCCCCCCCAAGCAGACAUUAUUUUAAACCUAUUUUACUUAGACUCACUAGAAGUAUUAACUUUCAGCCACACGUCUUUCAAGUUUAAAAAAAAAUAGCUGUGAGUUUUGUCCGUAAAGGAAAACUUAUGACAAUUUACGGAAAGUAAUUCAAUGUUUCCUCUUCAUUUAAUGAAAUUUUAACUCAUGGACUCCCAUUUCCAUGUUAACUCAUGGACUUCCAUUUCCAUUCUAAUAUUUUCUCCUUCAGCCAAAGAAAUUUGUGGCUGCCCUCCAGAAAGUUGCUGAGCAGACGUACAACAAUUUAUUUACAGUUCAGCAGAUGAGGCAGAUUUCGAAGGUUUGAUUCAUCAAUAAACAUAACUCGUUUUGGAAAAGAAGUUUUAAAAAAUUACCCUAAUUGAAUCUUUUGGCAAGCAUUUAUUUAUAUGUCAUCACCUAUAAAUUCUUUGACUAAAUAAACAUGGUGGCCAGUGGUUCUCAACCUUUUGCACACCACCCUAGUUAGUGAUUUCCUGUGGCACACUAAGUUGGCAACAAGGCCAUAAGUAUGAACAAGUAACCAGCUCAGGAUUCUAAAUAAUAACUCAAUCUUUAGUUGUGAGGCCAUUAUCCAAUAAAUCUAGCUCUUUUUUUUCAAAUAAAUGGAAUUAAAUAAUUGAAAUUACUUUUUACUAACAAUAUCAGAAGUUUUGCAUUCACACCUAGGCUAAUCUCACAGCACUCUUACUGUGUUGCGACACACCUGUUGAGAACCACUGGUGUACACAUGAUAAAAUAAGAAGAGGGGAGGUAAUGUGUUAAUUCAGGUUGUUAUUGUUGUUGCAGGACAUUGGAGUGAGCAUCCCUGACUUUGAGGGCUUCAUCACAUCACUAAACACCCAAGGCUUCCUGUUAAAGAAAGGACCAAAAGUGUACCAGCUUCAAACAUUUGGAUACUGA